AUGGCCCUGCACUACCCUAUGGCCGUGGGCCUCAACAAAGGCCACAAAGUGACAAAGAAAGUCAGCAAGCUGAGACACAGCCCGCGCCUCACCAAGCACACCAAGUUCAUGUGGGACCUGAUCCGGGAGGUGUGCGGCUUCGCGCCCUACGAGCGCUGCCCUAUGGAGUUGCUCAGAGUGUCCAAGGACAAGCAAACACUCAAGUUCAUCAGGAAGAGGGUGGGCACGCACAUCUGCGCCAAGAGAAAGCGGGAGGAGCUGAGCAACGUGUUGGCAGCCAUGAGGAAGGCGGCGGCCAAAAAGGAUUGA